AUGGCUCUGCGUGCCGUCUUCAACCACCUCGUCCUUCCCCCAAGAGUGCCUGGUGGACCGGACGAGGACGAGGAGAACGUCUCGCACGAAGUGCUCGCUCGGCUGAGCAGUACCUGCUACAAUACAUUCUCGAAUACGGAAUCCUCUUGGUCUGCCGCCUUUCGGGGGCUUCAGGCCUCGCUCUCUGCUUGUGAGGUGUUGCACCAGUCUGGGGGCCUCGAUCGGACGGCCCUGCUGGCACAUUUCAAGCAACUCAAGCCCGGCCACAUCCUGGUGCUUCACAUCAUCCCCCAGAAUGCGGCCCUUCUGGUCUGGGCUGAGAUUGACGACAACGGAGACGAGGCAAUUGUCAUUGAGGCCUUCGAGGCCUCGCCGACUACCACGGCUGUUCUCGCCACCCCAAGAGUCCUCGAGUGGUCCUUUCCUGGGCGUUCGUGCCGAAUUUCCCCUGGUGAUUUCCACGACCCAAACUUCCAGCAGUGCCUGGCCAACUUCCUCGAACAGGCCAGCUCGGAGUCGCUCCACACCCUCAAGGCACAUGUAACCAAAGCCGGCAAAUCCGUCGCCGAGGAGCGCGACACACCCAGUCCUGCACUCGUCACAGAGAUGCUGAUGUCCAUCUUUGAGGCCGUCGGCAAACCCAGGCAGCCGCCGCGGCUGAUGUGGAAGCACGUGCGGGACGACGUCAACAUGCAGGAUUCUAACCAGCCUUGGCGGCGACUGCCUUUCUGGCUUGUCCUCCGUGUCGCGGCCAGGCGCCAGCUGGCACUGAUACUUGGAGAGACCAAGGGCCGCUUUGCCUACAAGUGCCUCAUGGCCGUCAUGUUUGCUCAGCUCCUGAAGGACUCGGCUGGAUCGCUCCCACCCGACCUUGCCAUUACCCUCCGAGCAAAGCUAUGUCGGCGUAUGGCUAAGCUGGAGAUGGAUUUGAAGCAAAUGGAAUCAUCGGGCAUCGAUGCCUGCAAAGCCCACUUUGAUGCAACACGCCAUCUUGUCCGAGCUUCUGUUGAGCACGCCACCGACCAAGUCGUGAGAGCUUGGGCCUUUUUCAAGCACAAGACAAAACUCGUCACUCCACGACUCCCCGAAUAUGCAGACAGUAGCUCUCUUCAGCUCUCUCUGCCCAACAGCGGGGCGUAUCUGGACCGCCUGCUGGUCUUUCAGGCCCCACCUCGAGCUGCUGCUCCAUCGCUCGACCUUCCUCGCCCACUCGACGCAACCAUCCAGCGAUCUCAGGACUUCACCAACAAGGUUUUUAACAUCGCCGCACUCGAGAGUGGCCAGGAGGUGCCAGGCAUAUCCAGUUUGAGUAAUGAAGCGCGGUGCCUGCGUCUUGGUGAGCGCAUCACGAAGCUCUUCGCAGAUACGCAUGACUUGUCUUCGGGAGAUCCCGCUCAGCAGAGCUCUAGGACAUUGGCCAUCUUUUGCCUAUGGACCCAGCUGGACAAAGCUGCAGUCGAGGCGUGCCCACUGCUCAAGGACUAUGCUCCAGUCUUUAAGCCCGAGAUGCUCGACGUCCUCCAGCUGCCCAACAUGCGCGAAAUGCGCCGCCUACAGGACGUGCAGGCCUACUUGAAUAGUCGACGCUCGGAAGCUCGACACGGCAACAUCUUUCAGGUUGUCGAUAUGGAGUCUUUCGCGGUUCGUUACACAUCACAGUCGACUGGAGCGCGGGCCCAUGGUGUUCACGUCCAGUCCCUUUCCGACCAGAAAAAGCGAGCGAAGAAGCUGGAGUGGAUCAAUGUGUGCCGCGAAUACGACGAGCAUACUUCGCAGUUCUCCAAUGGCACGUGUCGGUGCUCGUAUGUGAACGGGGAGCGAGACAUCCGAGGGUGCAAGAGGUGCUAUCACAACCGCGUUCGGAAUCGCCUCAGCCUCCAAGUGUUCGAGCAGUUUCUCCCCGAGCUCGAGCCGGCCCGCUCGACAGUUCUGUUUGAGCUGGUCAUCCCAGCCCACCUCGCCAUAUACCGGGACAUGACAUGGAAAAUCGCCAGCAUGCUUGCGCACCCUAGCAGGCCUAAGCAGGAUCCGUUCAAAACGACAACGAAGCUUCUCGAGCACACGCCGCUGUGGGAGCACACGGCUCAGCGGAAGCAAAUAAUCACGCUUGCGUCCCCAAUCAAGUGCUUCGUUGACACGCACUACAAGUUCGUGUCCGGCAAAAUGGCCUUGGAGGCUGUGGUUGUCCCCCUGGGCGCCAGAUUCCAACUCUACGACCAAGUCUCCAAGAUCUGGGUCAGCGACCUCACCGAGGAGCUGACGCUACAGCACCUCUGCGGCAUCCAAGUCCCCCUAGCGCUGCGUUCCACAGUGUUGCCCGCAGUUCUUCACCCGCCACCCCACGUUGACGGGCCUUCCUCGUACGAAGUCCAGGCAAACAAGAGCGUAUGUCCGCCCGACGUGUCCAGCCACGAGUUUUCUGCGCACCAAGAAUUGCUCUCCGGCACGAUCCGCCGCUGGGCCCAGGUGCUGGUGCAGCUCGGCUCGUCCAGCCUCAACUUCAGCAGUGAGGAGACAACAAGGCUCAUUUCUCAGCUGGCCACCCAGGCCGGUCCGCGACUGGACAAUGACAUCCUGCGGAAGGUCCAUGCGUGCUUUAGGGAGCCCGGAUUUGUCGAGAGGCUGGCAAGGGGCAUAGAGAAGCGAAUCAAAAGCAUCCUGACGAACUGGAGGGAGCACCAGUGCAUGGAUAUGCUCAUCACGCUGGCGUUGCGCAUCUACCAACUGGCCCCAGAUGAUACCGGUCGUCGCCGUGCGCAGGAUCUUCUCGAGAUGACGAGGGAAGCUCUCCUUGGCUGGACGGUACAGAUUUCCGGGAUUAAAAUCCCAAGCGCGCAGUCCAGCGCAACCACGGACGGGGACACAGCACAGCGGGCGUCAGGGUAUUGCUUGUGGGCGAGCCUUCUAUGCCGUCGCACUUUUGACGUAUACGCAGACCUGGCAGCCGACGGGGAUUUCGUCUUGGAGCCGGAACAUCUGGCGUCCUGGAUUCAGGCAUCUGUGGCCCUGCAGGAGAGCAUAAUGGUUGAUAUUGAUGAGCUCCCCGUCAUGGAAAAGCAUGCGCUUAUACGUGAUUCCAAAGCCGCAUACUACCUCGCCCCUCUUCUCCGACGAUCCGUCGUGGCUCAUCCUGCUGCCGUUGGCCGGGGCAUCGAUGCCAGUUGGUCAGGAAGGCUAGGGGCAGAUGAGGCUCCGUCUGACGACAAUAUCAUUUCUUCGUGGAAGAUACUUGCCUCUCACGACCGCUGGGCUGUCGGCUGCACGGUUGCGCAAGAAGCUGGUAGAAGUCGCAGCCAAGCUGUUCAUUGCAACUUCAUCGAGGGCCACCUGUUGGUCGACGGCAAGGCUCGUGGAAAACUGCCCCUGGAGAUCCGCAACAGCCCAGAUGUCAAAGCUUUGUUCGACAGCCAAAGCCUCCUGACGCAUUCUUCGGCAAUGCAUAGAAUGACGCACCGACUAGCAAAUCUCGUUCACAAUCAGGAGGUGCAUUUCGGCCUCGACCAGUCAAAAAACGCCGUCAUUCAGACAUGGUCAAAAACACAUGGCCACUUUCAGUUCAUCCCUUACCGUAUCUUCACUCACCAGAGCAACCCGAAGUCGGCUGCCUUUGACCUCCCCCUGGAGCUGGUGGAAGGCUGCGCACAUUGGCUCAACCUGAAAAGCGGCAGACUCGAAAUCCGACGCAAGGCGGACAUUUGGUUCAACAGGCCGCGUAACUGGGCGCUUGAUGUCACCACGCGGCGAGCUUUUCGUGGCAACGUAACCCUGGUCGACCCUUGGUCCAAGGUUUUUGGCUCGAUCAACGGCAUCCUGGCACACUUUGAGCGACCCGAAGGGUUGACGGUGUACCAGCCAGAGAUAGGGAGACUCAAAGUGGACAUGCGGCGGCUGGAUCUUGCUUUUGGGGUCAAUCAGGCCGGCCGCCUGCAGUGCCAGCAACUUGGUGCUGAGAUCGACCCGGACCAGGAUGCUGGGACGUGGUACGGACUAGCAAGCAAGAUCGUGGUGCGAGACCUGACCACCCAGGAGCGUAGCAUUCUUUUGCCGCUUGGCACACUUAGCGGGAACAGGCACGGGAUGCAUGUGCAAGUUCGCAUGUCCGACAGCAAGACCUACGGCCGCUUUGGGAUUGAUACCGUCCUGGGCAGACUGACGUGUCCCCCGGAGCCGCGGCUGCUCCUCACCAAGGCACUCUGCCAUGGCCUAACAUCCUUCUGCCUCCCCGACCCCCUGACGAAGCGAACUGGGACGGAGGAGGCAUUUGAAAUCCUCAGCUCAGGUACUUCGCAACCAUGGCAACCAAUCAGUCCUGAUCUGAAACCACUUCUUGAGUCCUUUUCGAGCCUGAUCCCCGAGAGGGAGUACUAUCCACCGCAGCUCAAGCGCAUUCAGAGGGUGACGUGGCACGACACGUUAACCACAACAAUUCAGCACGAUGGCUACCGUGCCUUGCUUCGCAACAUGAUCGAGCAGUCCAGUCGACUUAGUGACUUUACUCUGACACCGGUAAUGGAUGCGUCGCGUCUAUCUCAGCAGUUAGAACACCUCGAACUGCGCGGCGAACUACAGCGGCGUUUGUACGAGCGCCUGCCUCUUGACACAAGCGGUGCCAGUGAUGGCAAAGUUGGCUGUGACGGUAUGGUCCGGUAUACGUCACGAGACCGUUCUAUGACCCACCGGGCUACAAAGGUAUUCAGAGCAGCCCGCCUCAUCGUCCGACAAGGCGCAGGGCUACAUAUGGGCAGCAGGCUAGUGCAGAUUCUCGAGUCCUGGGAUCAGAGCAACCCGAUCGGGGGGUUCCAGGCACUGUCCAAGGGCACCUCGACGGGUCUUGACACAUCGCCACUCAUUGACCAGACCGACGGUCCCAUACAGGAGAAAUGGGGACGGUUCGUGCAGUUCUGCCGGGCGGCUGACAUUGAGAAGGAGCAAGGCUCGCUGAUCUUUCGGCUCGGCCUCCUGGCGUUUGGCCCCGUUGACAUGGACGUCGUCCACUCGCUCGCGGCCUUUGCCUGCAUCGACAGGCUGAAGCAGCUGAAGCCGCCAGAGCGCGGCCACUUCACCAACUUCUCCUCUCGGGGCAGGCCUUCCCCUAAGGAGCUCGAGAUCUUGACCAUCUCGGCAUGCUCUACUUGGACAUGUUCGAGGAACCGAAAGGGUACGCCCAGAAUUGUCGACGCGGCCGGCCGUACUGAGAAUGAGCACAACGCUCUCUGCAAGCAGGAGACGGCACAGUUUUGCAAGCACAUCCUGGAGCAGUGGCCUGCGCCGGCUUGGAAGCUUUCGGCCGACGGCUGCGAAGAUUCGGUGUUCGACCGCGAGCUAGCCCUCGAAAAAUUGGCCCCGGAUUGGGAGCGUAGGCGAGACAACGAUGCGCUCUGCAACUUUGCAAAUCAGGCGCAGACAAUUCUCGACUCCCACGAGGGCCCUCGUGAUGCUGCCACGCUGGCCGAAUGGACGAGCGGUGAUUGGAACAGGAACCCAUCCCACCAUGACAUCGUUCCUUCCUCGGCUCAGGGCCUCGUGCUUAAGCCAGGCCCCGUGCUUACGAAGGCACCAUCUCGGGCAAUGCCAGUCAGCCAGAGCGCUGCUCCACAGCAAAUUUUCGAGCUUAAGCGCACCACCAGUCCUCCUCGUACCGCUACCGAAGCGACAGAACUUCGCCAAAUUCUGAACAACUUCACAUCUACCAGCAACAAGCUGCGUCAGCGCUACGGCAAUGACCUUCUCCGAAGCCUCGAAGCCCUUGACGCGGGCGUGGGCCAAGCGCCUCGCGCUUCCCACCAGGGGCUCAUCGCACCAACCCCUGAAGAUAUUGGCCAGUGCGUCGAGCAAAGCCGUCAUCUGGUGGCGCGUCAUCUGGGAGAGAUUGCCGACGCCUUCGCUGCCGACGAUGCUCGUUCGGUCUGGCUUCAGCUGGGAGCCCUAUGGCCCUGCACUCGAGCGGCUGUUCUCGCGCUUCUGCGGUCAUCGUCAUGUCUGCACACAGGCGACUGCGAUCCAGCCAUGAAGAAGGCACUCGUGCAGUACGGGCUCGAGUUGACGUCCCUGCAGCGAUUCGGGCGCAUGCAACGCGCGCUCCAACGAAAGAACACUCCCGCUCUCGCGGAUGAACUGGACAACCCUGGCCAUCAAUCCUGGUCCCCUCACCACGAGUUCCCCGAUUGGCUUCUGCUCGAGAUCGAUGGGGACCUUCUCAUCCGGCCUGACCAGGUCGAUGUCGCCCGGGCCAUCAUCGCGCCGGCCUCCGGUCAGAACAGCGUUCUCCAGAUGAACAUGGGGAAGGGAAAGACUUCGGUCAUCAUGCCUAUGGUCGUAACAGCCCUUGCCGAUGGACAGACCCUCGCACGUCUCAUUGUCCCCAAAGCGCUCCUCAUGGCCACGGCACAGGUCGCCCAGGCCCGACUUGGAGGCCUUGUUGGCCGUACGAUUCGGCACAUUCCGUUCUCGCGCAGAACAAAGGUCACGCCCGAGCUGCUGAAAAUGUAUUCCAAACUGCACGUUGACACCCGUGAGGCGCGCGGGCUUAUCCUAACCAGCCAUGAACACCUCCUCUCGUUCAAGCUGGGCGGAUGGCAGCACUUGGCAGAUGGAAAAACGGACCUUUCAGCGCAAAUGCUAAAAUUCCAACUCUGGCUCGAGCGCCAUUCCCGCGACGUGCUCGAUGAGUGCGAUUUUACCCUUUCGGUCAAGACGCAACUCAACUACCCAGGUGGCAACCAGGCCGCUGUCGACGGCCAGCCGUUUCGAUGGCAAGUAGCCGAGGCGCUUUUAGCUUUGGUGGCUGAUCAUGUACCGACACUACGCCGGGAACACCCCCUUGGCAUGGCUGUUCUGGAGCGCCCGGGAUCAUUCCCAAUGGUGCGAUUCUUGAGGCGCGAGGCCGAAGAGGCCACCGUGAAGCUUAUUAUCGACGCUAUCUGCGGUGGCCGCUGUGCAUACAUACGGCCAACCGACUCGGCUUUGGCGUCGCCUCAAGGCCCACAGAUCACGAGCAUUCAUCGGCUAUUCACGGAGGCGGCGUCCGAUCCCGACGUAUUCGCGCAGGCCGUCAGUGCGUUUGCAGACCAGCAGGCCAGCGCUCAGUGCCUAUUGGUGAUACGUGGUCUUCUUAUCAACAAGAUCCUCGUAACCUGCCUGGGAAAGCGUUGGAACGUUCAGUACGGACUGCACCCACGGCGCGACCCUUUGGCGGUUCCAUUCGAGGCCAAGGGCACCCCGUCGGAACAUGCCGAGUUUGGCCACCCAGAUGUUGCCAUCGUGCUCACCUGUUUGGCCUUUUAUCACCAGGGGCUGACGCAGCAACAAUUCCUCCAGGGUCUGCAGCAACUCCUCCAAUCUGCUGAUCCCUCACAGCAGUAUGAGGCGUGGACGGUGGGCUGCCACCAUAAACUGCCAGAAACUCUGCGGCACUGGAACGUGAUUAGCGUGGAGGACAGCGCCCAGGUGGAAGAGCUAUGGGAGCACUUGAAGUACAAUCUCGUUGUUAUCAACCACUACCUCGACCACUUCGUUUUCCCUUCGCAUGCCAAGCAAUUCGACGUCAAAUUGCAGGCAUCUGGCUGGGAUAUUCCUCUCUUUCCUGCGGCUAUUCCCGGGGCUCGCACAACAGGCUUCAGUGGAACAAACGACAAUCGCACGAUGCUGCCUUUGACGAUUCAACAGGACGACCUGCCCAGCCUCCAGCAGACGAGCGCCGAGGUACUCACGUACUUUUUGCAGCCACGCAACCGGAACUACCACGUGACUGUCGAUGAUAUUUUCAAGACACGACUGUCCGAGAAAGGUCUGCUAAGGAAGCUCAAGGCAUCGAACAUCAAGAUCCUUAUAGAUGCCGGUGCUUACAUCCUAGAGAUGGGCAAUAAGAUGCUGGUCAAGGAGUGGCUAGGGAUAGACAACGAAGCCGUGGCAGCUGUCUACUUUGGAGAGGACGCCCGCGCUUGGGUGCAUCGUAAGGGAGAAGGCAAGGAGGACGUACCGCUGUUGGCAAGCCAGUUCGCCAACAAUCUCGACAACUGCCUUGUUUACUUUGACGAGGCGCACACCCGAGGGGUGGAUCUCAAACUACCCAUGAACACUCGCGGCGCGCUGACUCUUGCGCUCAAGCAGUCCAAGGACUUUACAAUGCAAGCCGCCAUGCGCCUCCGCCAGCUGGGCACGACCCAGUCCAUCGAGUUUUUCGCCCCGCCCGACGUGGACCGGAGCAUCCGCGACCACUUGUCAAGCAACGGGAAAGACGUUAAGAUCGACUCGGCCCACGUCAUAGCUUGGCUUCUCGAGCAGACCUGUUGUGGGCAUGAGGAUCUCCAGAGCCUAUACGUGUCACAGGGCGACGACUUUUGCCGCCGUGCAGAGGCCGCAUGUAGCUACCAUCGUGACUCGGCUAGAAAUCCACGGCAGCAACGCAGCAAUGUUCUUGCGGUCAUGCAAAAGCCUGAGCGGCAGACCCUCGAGCAGCUGUACGGUGGAGCAGGACUGGGCGAGUCGAGUUCCGUAUCUUUCGCCGCGAUGGAUCUGGAUCCUCGCCUGAAAAAGAUCAUGAGCGAGCUUAGGCAAUACGAUGUGGACUGCCACGGCGGCACUGAUCUGGACGCGCUACAAGAGGUAGAACAAGAGAGAGAGAUCCAAGUCCAGGUUGAACAGGUGCGCCAGGUGCAAAAGCGUCUCCGUCAUACGCCUCUCAACUUUCCCCGACUUCAUCCCGAUAUCGAGCAGUUUGUCCGCACAGGGCUCCUGUCACCGCACGCGCUGGCCCCAGGCUUUGAGCAAGCGCUUGCCUAUGUCGGCAGAACACAGGUGGGCAAGCGGUUCGGCGUGCGAGAGACGGGAUCGAGCCUCUUCGUCUCGGCCGAAUUUGGCAGGACCGUUAAGUUUGGGCACGGUGCCGAAACAACCAACGUGGCAGACAACUUCCUAAGACCUGUUCAGUGGAUCCUCUGGAGCCCAUCUGCUGAGACUGCACUUAUAGUCAUCGCUGAGGAGAUCGAGAUCAUCAUCCCCAUGCUCCGCCUUGCGUCUGUGACUGGAACGCAGAAGGUGCACAUGGUCGCCUAUUCAGCGCCGACCACCAAGGCCAUGCUGCCAUUCAACUCAUACAACUACUACAACUUCCCACGGCUGCCGACCGACCUCGACUUUCCCCCGUGGUUCCGGUUCGAGGUGGGCAUCGUCGCGGGCAGGCUGUACGUCGGCGCGGACGAGUGGGGCCCCUUGAAGGACCUCGUCUGGCCAAAAGAUUCGGAGCUCAUUGCCGGCUCCUACGACGGCGUGCAGACCGCAGGUGGCGACAGGUUAGGAAUAUGCGCAGACGAUCUCGCCGGCUUCCUUCGCGCGUGGCUUGCGGUCCGCCAUCCAACGCAGGAUAUACUGCACACACCCAUGGGAUACAUCUGCAUGGGACGGUCCCUGGAACAGUCGCCGUUCCGAUUGGUGGAUGCUGGAUUGGGGUAAUGAGGGGGGACGUUUUGUUCGGUGUGGAGGCAUAUCGUCCUAAGACGACGGAGGAAUGUUUUAUUUACUGAGGUGGAACCAUUGUGGAAUUACUGGGACUGGGCGUAGAGUGAUUUUGGCUCGUAGUUUUUUAAAACGUGUUGUGUUUUUUUAAGUAGCAGAAUGCAUCCAUGCAAGACGGAGGAGACCCUAUCCUUGUAUUCACGGCGAAUGCAUGUUUGGUAGUUGAAUACCUACCUACCUAUUUGUCUACCCAUGCGUUAGAAACCUU